CGAUUUGCCCUCGGGCCCUCAGGUACUCACCUUCCUUUAACGUUGUCGUUUGACAAAAUUUGUAGGUUUCUAUUUUCUGUAGCCGAUUCGAAGCUGGUCUGCGUUGCGAGUGAAGCUCUUCCACUUCUCCGACGAGUCACUGGCGAAAUCGCCAGUCAGAUGAUCUGAUAUUAUCUUGGUGGAAUUUCUUUGUUAAAAAAUCUUUUAAGUAUGGUGGGCUGGCAGAGACAUUUGCAAUCCAUACUUCGUCAAGUUGGGAAAAGAGUUGAGCAUAAUUACAAUGCACCUGUCAACUUCUCUUCUUAUCACUCAAGAUCCAACUCCGUGCUAGGUGAAUUGCCUUAUUUUCAUAGCUUAAGGAGUCCACCUUCUACAGGCAUCUCAAGGCCUUUUUAUCAUUAUCUACAACAAUUGGAAUUUUCCAGUUCAAGAAAGUUACUUGCAGAUUCGUCUGAUGCAACACCCAUUCCUUCUCCAUUGACACCUGUUUUGGCAUUAAACAGUGGGAAAGCUGAAGAGCAAAAAGCAAUCUCUAAACCUUCAAAAGUUCAAGCAGUUCUCAAAUGCAUAAAACAGAGCCCUAAGAAGGUGAACUUGGUGGCUGCAUUAGUUCGUGGCAUGCGUGUAGAAGAUGCAUUGUUGCAGUUGCAAGUGACAGUAAAACGAGCUGCAAAAACUGUCUAUCAGGUUAUACACUCGGCUCGGGCAAAUGCAACCCAUAAUCAUGGGUUAGAUCAAGACCGUCUCCUUGUUGCUGAGGCAUUUGUGGGCAAGGGAUUCUUUAAAAAGAGAGUGUCCUAUCACGCUAAAGGAAAAAGUGGGGUAAAAGUGAGACCAGAGUGUAGAUUGACAGUGGUAGUAAGGGAGAUGACCCCCGAAGAGGAAGCCCAGAUAGCUAGGCUGAGGGUCCACAAUUUCCGCAAGCUCACUAAGCGAGAAAGGCAGCUUGUUCCUCAUAAGCUUAUUGAGACUACUCCAAUUUGGAAUCGCAAAAGCAAAGGGAACAAUCAUGCAUCAGGUGGUAGGGCUGUUUAAAGCGUAGUUCCCUUCAAUAUUUUGACAUUUUAGGAGGAACUCUUCCAGUUGUUUGACAGACCGAAAUGCAGCAGUGCAAGCUUGUCGCAGCCUUUUUAAUGGCUGCAUGUGGUUUUAAAGUUGCUUAAAUGUACAAGACACUGUAUCAAUGAUGUACUAAGUUUCUUGUGAGAAUAAGUUUCAUUUCCAGUA